GCUUUUUCUAGUUUCCCAUGCCAUUUUUAAUUCCCUUCUUAUAUAUUUAACCCUCUCCUUGCUCAUUUUUCUUCAUCCCUCAAGUCUACUUCUCUCUCUCUCUCUCUAAAAAAUAAUAUCUAUUAGUUCCUAAAUUUUGUCAAAGACUUUUAAUUAGCCAAGUUAGAAAAAUGGGUGAUAUUUCAAUCUCCAAUGGGAAUCAUAUUAAUGGCAAUAAUAUUGGAGUGGGAGUUCAAAGAAAGAGUUGUUGGUAUGAGGAAGAGAUUGAGGAGAAUUUGAGGUGGUGUUUUGCACUCAAGAGUAUAUUGCACACAAGUGCCUCUCAAUACCAAGACAUCCAGCUCUUGGACACUAAGCCCUUUGGGAAGGAAGUGGUGGAUUUUUGCAAGUCACAUUUGGUGGCCAAUAAAGAUGCCUUUUGUGAUCCUAGAUUGGAGCUUGUCAUUAAUGAUGCAAGGGCUGAGCUUGAAAGGAGGGAUGAGGUUUAUGAUGUGAUAAUAGGGGACUUGGCAGAUCCAAUUGAAGGAGGCCCAUGUUACAAACUUUAUACCAAAUCCUUUUAUGAAUCUGUUGUUAAGCCAAGGCUUAAUCAGGCUGGAAUUUUUGUCACACAGGCAGGGCCAGCUGGAAUUUUCAGCCACACAGAAGUGUUUUCUUGCAUCUACAACACUCUUAGGCAGGUUUUCAAAUAUGUUGUACCUUACUCAGCACAUAUCCCUUCCUAUGCUGACACUUGGGGAUGGGUCAUGGCAUCAGAUUCUCCAUUGACAUUGAGUGCUGAUGAAUUUGACCUGAGAAUUAAGCAGAGGAUUGAAGGGGAGAACAGAUAUGUUGAUGGCAAAACAUUCUCAUCUGCAUCUACUUUGAGUAAAGCUGUCCGAAAAUCAUUAGAGAAUGAGACUCAUAUUUAUACAGAAGGGAAUGCAAGGUUCAUUUAUGGACAUGGUGCUGCUUACAAACAGCAUUGAAAAGUUGGUGAUGAGUUAUUAUUAUGAUGUUGCUGAGUUCUUGCUCUUGUACUGCUACUCCUCAUUAUNAAAGA